AUGUUACGCUUCAAGGAGAUCGAAGCUGUGCUGGCAAAAGCGCUAACUGAUGGUGUAGCGAACAUCAUGAUCACUGACGAGGGUGGUGGCGUCAUUGCAUCUGCCAGACCCAAGCAGGUCGAGAGCUCUGGAGUGGCGGUGAUCUCAAGUGCCGUUGGUGAAUUCAAACUGGCUGCCGAGUACAUCUCUCCAGACAUGGCCCCUACCUUUGAGGAUGCCUUGUUUACGUGCGACAAUGCGAUGGUGGCUUGCACAACGUUCCUGUGUCCAGGCUGCUGUUGUUUGACGCCCUACCGGUCGGAAGCAAAUGAACUCCCGUUGGAAAUGUCUCUGCUUGGAGCUGGAAUUUUGAGGUUCUCAUGUAAUCUGGAGACAUUCAAUCAAAGCCUCGCGUGGUGA